UCCAUCAGCCAAUGGAAGGGGUAGAAAGGAUGCUGCUGCUCCGCUUCAGAAGCCUUCAUGAGCAGGGAAUGAGUCCCACUGCUGGCUGACACUACCCACAGCACCCUGCAGCUGGGCAGAAAGGGAGUGAGGGAGGGAGAAGGGGGAGGUGUGAGGGAGGGAUGGAGGCUAUGAGAGACAGAGAAAGCAGGCAGAGAUUUGAUAGGAGCGGAUUUCUGUGAGUGUGUGUGUGUGUGUUGGGGAGGGGGGGCAACACGGUGUCGUUGCCUGGGAACAGUUGCAAUGAAGAACAAAUCUGUAAGUACAUAUUGCAUCGACAGAAUAACUGGAAUACAGGACAUUCAUGGGAAUAAAAAAUUGAAUUAACAGUGAGGGGAAUACAGAACAAGACAUUGGACGUUCUUUUCAUUUACCAGCUCUAAGAAUGAAUGACAGGGGGUCUAUGGGGGAGAUUAGGAGAAUAGAGAAAGGAAUUUAUAACAUCAUUAAUAUAUUUAACAGUAUGAUCAAAGAAAGAUUCAGUCUGACGUGUUGGGGUUCUUACCUGCGGAGAUAGGUAGAUAGGGGUUGUGAGCAUUUAUUCGUGCGGAUGGACAGAUAGAGAAUCAAACAGAGUUGUGAUAGUGGCAAGGGGUGUGCAUUCAGAGAGCACUGGGACCCGCGUGGUAUUCUGAAAAAUCCCUCAGUGCCGCUGCUGCUGCCGCCGAGAACAACUCCGAGUCUCUCUCACGCUCUCCCACCCACGCGCCAGGAGGGUACGCAUUUGCCUCAUCCGUUCAGGGUGGAAAGAAGCUGCCCUCUCUCUACGCACACCUGCUGCUGCCUCCAGCUAUCCCCGGGGCCCAGGAGCGGGGUUAACACCUCCAAACAAAGCAUGUAUUACCACCGGGUUGAAUCGAGAACAUUGUCCACCAUCCAGGCUGAGCGUCACUGAACCACAGGGGAGAGGGAAAAACAGGAAUUGAAGAAGGAGAGACAGAAAAAGCAGAGCAAAUCUCUCUAAAGCCCAUCCCUCCUCACCGGAGGAUGGGCACCACAGAGGCAACAUUACGAAUGGAGAACAUGGAAGUGAAAGACGAGUGGCAGGAUGAGGACUUCCCCAGGCCCCUUCCAGAGGACGGAGACAUGGAGUCCACCUGCGGUCUCACUGAUGAGAGGACCUCUCCGCCCGCUUCUCUGAAUGUGGGUGGGGGAGGAGGGGGGUCAGCCCAUCGGAAGCGCCGCACACUUGUGGCCCCUGAGAUGAACCUAUCCCUGGACCACAGCGAGGGUUCUCUUCUGUCUGACGACUUCCUGGAUACGCCUGACGACCUAGAUAUCAAUGUGGAUGACAUUGAGACGCCCGAUGAGACAGACUCUCUUGAGUUCAUCACCAACGGCAAUGAGCUGGAGUGGGAAGACGACACGCCGGUGGCCUCAGCCAAAGCUCCUCCGGGUGACAGGGCAGGCCAGGCGGGGGAGGAUGGGGAGGGGGCGAGCGGAAACGGGCGACUGUGGAGGACGGUGAUCAUCGGGGAGCAGGAGCAUCGCAUCGACAUGCAGGUCAUCCGGCCAUACCUGCGCGUCAUCACGCACGGAGGUUACUACGGCGAAGGUCUGAAUGCCAUCAUUGUGUUUGCAGCCUGCCACCUUCCUGACAGCAACUGUGCAGAUUAUCACUAUAUUAUGGAGAACCUUUUCCUAUAUGUGGUCAGCAGCUUAGAAAUGUUGGUGGCUGAAGACUAUAUGAUCAUCUACAUGAAUGGAGCCACACCACGGAGAAGAAUGCCUGGGAUAGGCUGGCUAAAGAAGUGCUACCAGAUGAUUGACAGGAGGCUAAGGAAGAAUCUGAAAUCUCUGAUCAUCACUCACCCUUCCUGGUUCAUCCGCACUGUGCUGGCCAUCUCAAGGCCCUUCAUCAGUGUUAAAUUUAUGAACAAAAUCCGCUACGUGCACAGCCUGGAGGAGCUGGAGCAGAUCAUUCCUAUGGAGCAUGUACAGAUCCCAGAGUGUGUGCUGCAGUAUGAGGAGGAAAGAAUUAAAGCCCGUAAGGAAAGGAUGGAGCAGGAGCAGCAACAGCAUCAACCACAGCCGCACUCCCAAGCUCCAGCCAAUACAGAACGGCCGAUGUCAGUGAUUGAAGAGCAAGGACUGUAAGGUAAAUGGGCAGCUCUGUGCCUCACAUGAGCAGGAAGAAGUUUGGAGUGACAAAGACACAUUUACAUGGAACUGAGAGUUGGUGGAAGUCAAACAAGAAAAUAAUUUCUCCAUUUUGACAUUUUUGUGACAUAAGAGAAAAUGGUUUUCUGCCCACAAGGUUUAUACACUUUUACUCCAUAUACCACUCAGACUCCAUGCCUAAAAGCUCUUUACAAUCUGAGUCUUAUGUUACUCCCAAAAUUCCAACACAAGGCAUUCCAGUGAAGGCACACUUCCCCCUUAUAUCCAUUCUUGGAGACAAGAACUGUGUGUUCCUGUGAAGAAUCCUCACCAAUUUCAAUGCUUCAAGGCAUGACUUACCUCUAACUGCUCACAACAGUGGUGGUAAAUUCAUAUAGGUUACAACUCCUGUUGAAGCAGACUCAAACAGUAAUCAAAUAAUUAAAAAGUAAAUAAAAAAGGGGUUAAAAGGUGAACUGCUCACCUUUUAUUGAAGUGUACUGGGCAAAAGCUGUUCCAACCUAUGUUGAUUUUAUAUGUAAUUCUAGCAAGGUGCUUAAAGGAAAAUCAGUUCGGUGUGUUUUGGGAGAGCUGUCUCCCUUAGCCCUACCCUGAAGAUCUUUGAAAGGCAGCUUACUUUCUGCUGAUAGGAAAAAACGCUCCCAGUGGAGACAGAGAGAGAGAGAGAGAGAGAGAAAACGCCCCCUACUGCCAGUGUACAGCAUCAUCACACUGCAACAGCAGAAGCAAAAGCACCACCUACUGAGUUCCAAUCCCACAAAAUUGACUCUUAAACCAUUGUAUCUGGUGCCUGUGCUUAAUCCUUGCUGUGGCACUUCAUCCUUACAAAUACACAUUCAGUGAUGAUUCUGACCCACCUGGCCUACUGCAUGAUCAACGAAGCCUUUUGAUGGAGAUACUGUCAUCUGCCCUGUAAUCAUCGAAACUAUGAGAGGUGGCAUCUGUGUUCAGCAUUCAAACCACUUGUGCUUGUUUCCCAUCACACUAUAUGGUGUCUUUGGUCUGUCAUCAAGUUUACCUCAUAUUCUGUUUUAAUGAGCAUCUGUGCACUUUGGGUAUUACAUCAACAUUGCCUGCUCAAAGAUAAAUGUAAAGUGAGACACAGCAGUAUGCAGUUAUACAUACAAACCUUAAUGUUGUAUUCAUACACUGCAACAUGUUGUAUACAAGAGGAUUGUGACUUGCAUUGCAUUUUGAUGUAAGAGAACAGAGUGCAAAAGCUAACCGUUUAAAUAAAUCAGAUAGAGUAGCCCUCAGUUUAUGUGGUAAUUUCUGUAAAAAAUUGAUUGUAUUUUAGAGUGCUACUGAUGCUUGGUGUUUCUGACAUCUUUAACUGUUGAUUUCCACUGUAGGAAAAUAUACCAUCUGGACAGGAUAAUAGCAUGUUUUACCCUUGAUUGUCAUCACCUACUGUAAAUAUUUCUCGCUUUGACCAACUGGCAGUAGAAAAAUAUAGUUUUUAUUUUUCUUAUCAAUUAUAAAUGUAUAUAGGGUGUUUUAAAUGUUGAUUUGCACUAUGAAAUUAAUUGUCUAAAUGAGUUAUUUUUUGGUGAAAAUAGAAUGUAACUGUGAGAAUUUUGUUUUUGUGUGACAGCUUAACUUUUCCAUCACAACAAGUUCAUGUUCUAUGAAGUCAUUGUGCUGUCAAAUUCCUGGUACAUUUGUAUGGCCUGUACCAUUUUUAUUAUGUCUUUUAUCUUGUCUGUUAUUAAAUUUAGAAGCCUUCUAACAAACAUGGCAUGUUUUGUCAGCACCAAUAUCUCUGGAUAUGCUGAUGGUAUAUUAUCUGCAUUUUGUUAGAAUGACCAAGCAGAAUUCCAGAACCUUUCUGUCUGAUGGAACAUGCCUGUGUAUAUCUUCAGUAUGAGAAGAGAUAACUGUUGAUCUCACACAAUCACUCAUGGCAGUGAGAUGGUUGGCUUCAGAAGGAGACAGUUAUUUUGCAGGUACAUAUAGCACAAAGACAAUGGAUAUUUGCAGGGUGUGAACCUAUUUCUAUUUGGUUCUGCUAUAAAUGUCCAGCGCCUCUGGGAUUUUCUGUUGUUGAAAUUAUCUGAUUAUUUUCUUUUUACUCCCUUUGUUGGACAGAGUUAGCAAUUGGAAUUGUUCAAUGGGGAGAAAAGAGUUUGCAUCAGUAAUGAUGCACUACAGCCAACUGACAUUGAACGUGUUAAAUGUGAAGCUAAGUGUUAAAUUUUUAUGUAUGGUGCAGGGCUUCAGUUAUGCCAUCAGUCUUCAGUAAGAGAUAUAGCAUAGAGACAGCUGGUGAGAUGUGAUUCAGGGUUAGGGUCAAUUUAGUUAAUUCAGUCAAUUCAUGGAACUGAAAUUUAAUUCAUGAACUGAAAAUCAACCAUCAUAUUUUAUGAACAUUUUUUUUCCAGUUAAUUAAUUGAAUGUCAAUGCAUUUCAUGAGUUGGCUCAACUUAAAUGUAAUUGACCCCAACCCUCUGUGAUGGGAAUGAUGUACUCUUGCACACUCCUCAUGCUGCUGCUGUUGAAAAGUGCCCUUUUUAAAGGACCUCACUGGAACUGUGCCUCUGUGCCAAAACAAACAGUGAAUGGGUUGUAAGACCUGGUCCUACUGCUGAAAGAUGUAAGUAUUCUCAAAAUGCAGUCUACUGCCAGGAGUGGUGGAGAUCUCUGCUUCUCUUGUCAAGGGAUUGCAAUGCACAAAUCAAACACAUCUGCAGUGUGGUUCAUACAGAUGUUCUAAUAGGACUGAGCUACCACCACAUUUAAUUGCCAUUUAAAAUGAGUCUUUGAUAAAUGUCAGGCUUAAAAACAUUACCAAAAUCUGCUUAAGAACACUCUCAGUACUAAGAAGCAACUUAUAAAUGUAUUUUUGAUUCAUUUUCUCAGUUCAAUACAUAAAAUAUGAAGGCUACAAUACAAUACAGACUCAAUUGAACAUGAAAGAAACAGGGUUUCUGGGAUUAUCUGAUUGGCUGUAAUGUGACUGUUUUUAUUUUUAAAUAGAAAAAUUAAUCUAUGUACUCAAAUGAGCUCGAUCAAAAUGUUUGUAUUUAACUGGUUGGAUUUCUUCUGAAUAAACCCCAACAUUCAACCCACUAUAGUCUGUGUCACAUCGGGUUUCAAAGGUUUCAAAAUAAGCAAUCCUUGAGCAUGCUUUUUCACAACUGAUGUGUAUUCACACUCUUUCCAAAAAUGCUUAUAAUGCUUCAGAUUAAACCCAAGUUGUGAGAGUUAAUAUUUCCACUCAUGUCUAGUAUUUGCUUUUCCUGAUGGAAAUCUGUCUAGAAAGCCUCAUGCUCAUGGAAUAAUUUUAUGGUACCAUUGAAAGCAAUGUAAAAUGUCAACAAAUUAAAACAUAACUCUCCCAUGUCAUAUUUUUCAUGUUCAAGA